UUUUGGCCCAAAGGGUUGGCUUAUGGUGGCAUGCCUCAAUUGGGGCAAACCAGGGUGGCCGCCGUGGCCGCCCCGAUGAGCCCAAUGUCUGAUGGCGCUCGGCUUGCAGAUGAAGCACCAGCAGAGGAAGCUACCAUCGUGGUGAGCCAAAGAAAUGCAGAGCCUGGGCAGACGGCAGAUGCGGUGGACCCAAUCCACUCAAUUCAGGACCGCUCAAUGCCUUGGGCACAGCCACGCAUCUCUUUGGAGUCCAGUGGGCCCCGAAGACCGAGUUUUCACAGCCGCGUCAACGUUGCAAUUCGGACUUGGCUCGGAUUGCCUGUGCCUGCAUCACAAGAGCUGGACUUGCGAAGACUCCAAGCUGAGGAGUUUGGCAUUUCAUUUGGUGUGCCAACUGGUGAUGCUGCAAUUAUUAAGGCCGUCAAGCGGGUGAUCAUACUCUCUGUGAUUAGUUGCACCUACUACAUUUGCGCCUUCAUUGCACGAUUACUUCUUGGGCAAUACAGUGAUCCAGGUAAUCCGAACUCGCCGGACGAGCUUUGGUCGGGCUGUAGUCAGCUGAUCAUUGAGCUCAGUAUCCCGGCUUGCGGGUACUAUGGAGCUUUGUAUACACAUAGGACUUUGCUGUUCUUCUUCUGUGGUGCCAACCUGAUCUUCGUGGUGGCCUCUGGGAUCAACUUCCUUCGUUUCGUGAUUCGCAUGAGUGGAGGUGAGGAGGCGUGUGCAUUGGAAGCGUACAACUCCUCUCAGCAACGCGACUGCGAGCUGCUACACAGCAACGCUCCGCUCCGCUUCCUGUUUUUGAGCAGCUUGUUAGCGCUCACAUGGUUUAGCUGCCUCUCGUUUGGUGCUGGCAAAGGACUCUACCAGGGGCUGGCGCCAGUGGAAAACCACCCGUUCUCGUCCGUUCCUGUGGUUGGGGAGGUCAUUGCUACGCCUGAGGUGGAGACGCCCAGUGGAGCGACAAAUGGGCUCAGGAAUCCGGAUCGACAAGCCCAACAAAUGGCGGCCCUCCUCGCGGCCGACGCUGCACGCCGGGCCCAGCGCAGCCCGCCGCGCACGCCCUCGUCGCGGGGCUCACGCAGCACGAGCUCGCGAGGUCCUUGAUCGGGUGUUUGACGGCUCGCAAGGCUCGCAAGGAUACUUCGUGACAUGCGACCGAGUUCAGUGGCAGUGUCACAAGGUUUUCCACUUUCCCAUGAAGGGGAAGGGUGGACUUGCGACCGCCGCAGAAGAAAAA